AGUUCUGAGUUCAGUCAUGAUAUGAUCACUUUACCAUCGAUAUUAGCCAAGCGAUGUGUAGCAACCAGAUGGAUGGCAUGUUUGGUCUCGAAAGACGAAAGAAAUAUUAACCGUUGUGGUGGAGUGAAAGUAGAAAUGGACUAGGCCAUAACGAUGGAAACUACUGCAACUGUGACGAUCGGGGAGUUCUCCUCGAAUAAGAACCCAACCGCAACUCAGUUCCUUGCAUUAGACGCGUCGACACAUUUUGAACCUGAAACGGUGAGUGACGUCACGACAGGGAUGAAUGACACGUGGUAUGUUACAACUGGCGUACAGAAUGCCACAAUCGGUACGCAACCCUUGAUUUUGAACGUGACAAAUGGCUACGAAAACGUCAAAUAUAACGCAACGAGCGAUACAACUAGUAUGGCGACUGGCGAAUUGAGUAGUCCAAGUGGCACUGACCACCUGUUGAAUACAACCCAAUGGACAGUUACUGAUAACGCCACCCUUACGACGAUGUCUACCUCUGAAGAAUGGGUAUGGUCUGCUGUUUCAUUCGAGUGGUGGGAGAUUAUUCAGAUUAUUUUAGCCAUCGUAGGCAUCAUCGGAAACUUUCUGGUCAUGUUGGUCCUUUUUCGUCGAAAACGACAGAGUUACUCUACGGAUACCCUGAUAGCGGCGUUGGCUGCCGCUGACUUCACGACGUCGGUCUUCGUCAUACCGCACCCGCAUGCGGUGAUGCUUCCGGAUUCGCCAUUGGGUCAGGUCUACUGUCGGAUCAUCCAUUCCUCUGUGAUCAUGUGGAUAUCUAUCUGUGCCUCGAUAUUCACCCUGACGACCAUCUCGGUCGAGAGGCUACUCGCUAUACGCUAUCCAUUCGUAUUUCAGCGCGUAUUUACAUCACGUCGCAUCGUCAUCGCGAUCAUCAUAAUCUGGCUCGUAGCCGUCGCUAUAAACUCGUUCAGUUUCUACAUCCAUUUCGUUCAGGAUGGAACGUGCGUCACCGUCUUUCCGACGACAGCUAUCCAAAAGGCCAUCGGCGUAACGCUUUUUCUCGUAGAAUACGUCGUCCCCGUCAUCAUAAUGCUAACCGCCCACGCGUUGACGAUAUACAGUCUACGCCAGCGCGCGAGCCCGGUGACCGUCGGCCAAGAGCGAAUGAAACACGCCCAGAAGUUGACGAAGGCACGACAACGCGUCCUCCAAAUGCUCUUCAUCGUCGUCAUCACCUUCAUCGUUUGUUGGACCCCAGAUCAGUUCGGCUUUCUCGUGUUCAAUCUCGGUGUCGUUGGCGUCAGGCACCUCUUUAGCCCCCUCUACCGUUGCUUUGUUGUCCUGGCUUUUGCAAACUCCUGCCUAAAUCCCAUCAUCUACGCGUCCAGGAACCCACGGUUUCGGAAAGCCGUCACGGAUAUCUUCAAAGGCGUCUGCACACCUAGUGGACAGUCACUCUUUGCAGGAUUCGAUGACCAUGAUGACAGCAAGGAAGUGAAUACAGGGGCUUCUGAAUUACCAACAAAUGACCAAUCUCAAUCGCAGGUUUAAGUAAUUCUUCAAUAAAGGCAAGCUUUUAUGAUUGCAACUUCUACGAUUGUCGUCUUUUAGUUGCUAAAAUGAAAACAAGAAAUGAAAGUGGUUAAGCUUGAUGCCCAAAAGGUACGAAAAAUAACCUACAUGUACAUAUACUUUUAAUCCAUGUAUAAAAUCCAGGAUUUUUUUUGUUUGCGAUGUUGACUAGAGUGUGCUAUCUUCGAUGAACUUGAAUUGCAUCUGGAUCCAGGGUUUUCCAAAGGAGGGGGGGGACAUUUUCAUUCAUAAAAAAUAUUGUUAAUAAGCAACAAUAAGGGUAAUAUAGGAGCGCCUUGAGCACCUAACAAGGUGGAUAUGUGCGCAAUAUAAAUACCCUAUAUUAUUAUUAUUAUUAACAAAAAAUGUGUUCACUCCCGACUGAUGGUGAAUUGUGUCAGAAAAAUUUGACAAGUAAGAAAAAGGUCUUAAAUUUUGUAUAUGCACGACAUUUUCCACUAACAAAUAUUUCAUAUGGCUCUCAAGGGGGGUGGCACUGGCUGGAGGGAUGUGCCCUUACCUGGAUCCACCACUGAUCUAGAAUGUUCGCGAGUCUCCAUUGACGAGUGGUGAUAAUAAUCAAUGAUGAUGAUGACGAUGAUGACGGUGAUGGUGGUGAUGAUGAUGAUGAUGGUGGUGGUGAUGAUGAUGAUGAUGGUGAUGAUGAUAAUCAAUGAGGAAGAUGAUGAUCCACAGCAUUCAUAUUUCUGUUAAAAACAUUCAUAGGCGCCAGCUCAUCCAAUUAAGCUAAUUAUUACACAUCUGCUGAAGUAAGUGAGUUUUGAGAAACGAUUUGAAGAGUUCAAUGUUGUCAAUUUCACGGAGUGAAGAAGUGUCCUUCAAGGGUUGAUCGUUGACAAGGUAGAUCGCAAAUCAAGUCAUGAACACCAAAAUAUGUUGCAAAAAAUCUUUCGAGCUUAUUUUGUGCAUUUUUCAUCGCGUCUUGAUGUACCUCUUCCAUCCCUCAUUGCCCACUUUCUUUCUCUUUUGCCCCCUCUUGAUCCCUAUCUCUACCCUCACGUUUUCCCUUUCCCAAAACAUAAAUACGGUAUUGCUGAUCAACUUUGGCAAGUUAUAUAUUAUUUUAAAAUUUCGGAUGUUCUUUUUCAAGCACAAUAAAAUUCUAACAAUUCAUUUUGGGCGACUUAUUGUUAGUCUGCAGGCAUAGACCCUGACUGAAACUUUAAUCAACAAGUGGGUAUCCACGCAAAGACUAGCACAUACAAAACUUGCUGUUUCACGUUAGGGUCUGCAUAAUCUUCAUAAUCUUCCAAAAAUAAAUUCUCAUGCUCAAAAUCUAUAUAGUUUCACCUCAUUUUUUCAGAGUCACUUUCAAUCGGCUGGUAAACGUUGCCAAUCAGCCUCCCAAUGAAACUGCUGACCAGCGCGAGAGGGCCUUCAGUACACAAUGCAUUAUAGGCUGCACAUUCAGACUUUUAACUCGAGUGAAGGAUUUGCAUAGCAGACCAACUUAUCGUUAAUUUUGGAGCGGUUGGUCACACAUUUUCACAAUAUAUGCGUUACAGGAUUCAUCGCUAUAGGUUUCACAGGCCUAAUUCAUUUCUCAUAGACUCGUGUGUUAAAGUGGCACUUUAAAAAAAAUUCAUAAAAAAUAAGGAGGGAAUUCAAGGGUUGAAUGUUUACUUCCAGUGGAUAGGAUACAUGUCUGACAUUCGAUAUCUGACCAGAAAAGGGUACCUCGACCGGCUCAUUUUAAAAAUAAAUUGGCAUUUAUGAAUACUACACCUGACGGGAUCAAAUUCGUCACUUCAGAGAGUAAAAUGGCCCUAAAUAUUCCGCAAAUAAAAAAAUAGUUCCAUAGUAGUGAUAUAUCUUUCCAAUGUGGAAAAAAAGAAGUUCAGUAGGUACCCCCCCUAGAAUCAGUGUUAGAUUGUCAGUCAUAUUAAUUAAUUUUUGUCAAUCAGCAAUAUCAAAUUUAAAAAUUGAGAAUGGGUUGGCUCGAAUGAAUAUCUUUUGCCUGCCAGUUGUGAUUAGGCCCGCGUAACCUAUAGAUAUCAUAAGGCUCGUCAUCGCACAGUUCUAUGAAAACAUCUCUUGCAUUGAAUUUAAUUCAUCUAACUUUAAAUUUUGUAUUUCAUUUUACAUUUCAAACCAUAUUUGUAUAUAUAAUAUAUAUUAUCAUCGCAAAUUAAGAUCUGUUAGACUAAUUCGCUGGUGCUGGCAAUAUCAAACACUUUUCAAUUGGAUUCAAUAAUGUUGUACAUUUCGUAUAUUUUAUUAGAAUGACUUUUAAUUCUACAACUAUUCCCAUUACUUUAUGACACUCUGUAUUAUAUUUCUAUGUAAAAAUGUAUGUGAGAUUGUGAAGAUAAAUAAAAUAAGACGCC